AUUUAUUUAUGAAAUAAUGUUGGAUCACUUGAAAGAGACAGGCUUUCUACCACAAAUCAUCCUACAUUUACUCCAAUCAUCGCCCAAAGGCAGAAUGUAGGAAGUCAUAAACGGUCAUAAAAAGUCGCUCAUACAUUAUCAAUGGAGACUGUCUUUGGAGAUUCUUCCCCUUUAAAUUAGUUUAUGUCAAUCACAGACUUUUGCGUGUGUCAGUUCCAUAGUCAAAACUCGUAACCUGCGAAUAUUCUGUGACACAUUAAUUUCACGAUUUUAGGAUACGUCGGCUACUAGCUUCUUCGGAGCCAGCUUUCAGAAUAUUCAUCUAUUUACCUAUAUUAAUAUUAUCAUAAUACCAUCUCAUCUAUUCAUCCAUGAUCUCAUUUUAAUUGUUUUUAAUACUCCGUGCCAGGCCAGGCUAUGUGUUUCUAUCAAAGAAAAAACGUGGACAAACUAUCGUGGGAGCCGUGAGCAUGUGAGCAAGCUAGUGGAGUUGUCAGGAACGCCAGGAAGUCGUUGAAGAUUGUUUUUAUGAUGACGUGUGAAACUUGUGAAUGCCGGCGUGUCAGUGAAUGAAGAAAUCGGUCUGUAUUCUUGUUUUAUUGGUGACAAUUGCUUCGCUUUCAGAAGGGUAUUUGGAUGACACCUGUAACAUUCCGGUGAACCAAUCAGGUUUGGAAUGACAUCUAUAUUAAACAUAAUUGAGGCUAAAUUGUGUUAUAUGUUCAAAGGAUAACCAAGAACUUCGAUGGGUACUAUUACAGAUGAAAUUAUGACGAAACUACUUGAGUGGCUUUUGGGUUUCGGCGUGUUUACUAGUGUAUGGGCCUCCCUGCUGGCCGUGAAUCUGCAGUGGCAGGUUGAUAACUAUUGGAAAACUGUGGUGUUACCACUGCCCCUAUUCCUAGUUUUAGCAUUUGGUGUGUAUGCAGCUACUGUAGUUCUGUGGAGAGUAUACAACUUCAACAAUUGUGAAGAAGCUGCAAAAGAACUUAAUGAGCAAAUUAAAGAAGCCAAAGCUGACCUAGAAAAAAAAGGAUUCAAGUUCAGCUGAAAUUGAGAACAUAUUCUGUAAAGGAGGAAAGUAAUGUAUAUUUAACGCAUUCUUUUAUUGAAUUUAUUGUAAAAGUUAAUCAUAUUAUAUCACAUGAAACAAAGCACUUAUUUGAUCAUUUCCAUUCACAAGAACAUCGGAAUUUCAAUGAUUUUCUUUCCCUCUCAACUAUUACAAAUUUGAUUUGAGCAUUUGAUGUAACAUAUCAUCAUGGGAAUGUUUCUCUAAAUAUUGUGUAUUGUUUGUUCAUUGUGCCCUAAGACUCAGGAUGAAAGGUCUGUAGGGUCUGUAGAUUCCUCUAGUCAAGAUCUGGUUCAUCAGAAAAUCGUAGAGUAGUGUCUGAAGGAAUCUGGAACAGCUCAAAUACUAGAACCUGUAGACAAAUACCACAAUGAGUUAUCUGAAUUUUAAUAUAGAUGCCAUGUAAUAUUAAAUUAUUUUUCCUUGUUGAAUGACAGUAAAAGCACAUGCACAGAAACUUCCCAAUAAGUAUAAAAGAUGUACUUAUAUAUCAGGACACAAAUUACAGGUAAGAAGGUUUAUCUAGCCUGAUAUAGGAAAGAACUUCAGAAUAUAGAGGAUAGUUCUAAAAGUUGAUUGAGAGUAAGGUUUUAAAUAUUUGAAAUUUUCUUAAUUUAUUAAAGUUUCUGAGGAAAACUUGAGAUGAACUUAGUUCCAAGAUAAUAUGAAAAAGAAAUGUAUGUUGUGGAGAAGAACAUGAAUUAAUUGAGUGAAUUGAUUGUUGUGGAGAAGAACACGAAUUAAUUAAUUGAAUGAAUUAUUAAUAAAUUACCUCAUUAAGUCCUUUGCGUUGGAGAGGUGCAGGCCAGUAAAGAGUGUGGGAGGGACCAAGAUGCAAGUAGCGUCCCAAGGCAAAGCCAUUGACGAAAACAAUUCCCUUGCUCCAUCCACGGACAUCAAUCCAUGUGUCAACUGGCUCAUCAAUGGACACUUCAACUCUGAAGAGAGUUGGGGUAGCUAGAACCCCAUCUGGAGAAUCCAGUGCUACAGGUUGCCAUUCUGAUAACCUAAGAAAUACAAUAUAACAAUUUAAAUUCUCUUGACUAAAAAUACAACUAUCACCAUACCUGAAAAGUUUUAACAUUUUUGAACAAGAGAAUUAUGGGAGGGAAAUUGGAAAAGUGCCUGAAUUAAGUUAAUAUUACUCAAUUACAAACAAACAAAACAACAACAAAAUUGAAUCAUUAAAAUUAUAUAAAAAAAUUAACUCGUAUGUGUUAUGGAUGUUAACA